AUGGGCGCAUGUUUAUCUGCCAAGUCCAAACUGGCAAUUAAAAAUACGCAGAUUUCAAAUGCACUUUCUGUCUAUGUACCAUUGGAAUCUUUAACUGAGAAGACUGUUCAUUCGAUUAUUUCGACAGCAACGCGAGCCAGAACUUCCGAUUUGAAUCAUAGUCGACGUACGUUACUCGCUUUUUUACUUGCCAUCAACGAUAAACUUCAACAAAUUGAGAAAAAUGAGAAUGUAACUGAACAAUGCGAUGAACAUACCAUCCAACAUGCUAAACAAGUUCGUCAAUGGCUUAGCAGAAAGCAUUAUUCGGGAAAAGCGAUAGAUAUCGAUUGGAAUGACUUCAGAGCACAUUUCGAGGGCAUGUUCCAAGAUAACGAUGAUGAAAUUGCAAAGCGUUAUCGGCUUAAGACUCCAGAACCAUAUUAUGAAUUGGCUAUCCCUGGAUUACAUCCCCAUAUAGAACAAUCACGUCGAUACAUCAACCAAUUUCGUAAAGAUGGUUUCAAACCAGAAGAACUGAAAGUCUAUUGGAAUGAGGAACAAUUGGAAAAUCUCUGCCCGAAACACGGACAGUGCGACAAUAGUGAACAGUUCCCACCCCAUGAUCCAUCAGAUAUUGAUGCUAUACAAUAUCUACGUCAAUGUCCCGUUUCACAACGAAAUCAUGCUGUCGAAAUUCGUUAUGUUAAUAACGGUAUUCAACUUGCUGUUUUCGAUGUACCAAAGGAUGCUCAAAUCAUUGUUCUCAAUUUUGCUAAUGAAAAAUCACCCGGGGGUGGCUAUUUGAGACAUGCCUGGGCACAAGAAGAAAUUAUUCUGUAUAAUUCGGAUGGUUACCGAGCUCUACUCGAUCUGAAAUACGGACGUAUGGGCGGUGGUUAUGCUUUACCUGAAUUUGGACUUGCUUAUGUACGUGACAUUUGUUUUGUUCAUCCCGAAACUGAACAUCAUCGCCUAGCUGAUAUGAUGGUAUCUGCCUGUUACUGUCUUCACUCCGCUCAACUUUAUGACAAUCCGAGAAGUGAAGAAGAAUACAUAGCUAAUACUACAGCCAAAUUUCGCGCAUUUAUGGCAGCAGCUAUUGCCAAUACAAAAGGUGAUGGAUCGAAUACUUAUCUUCUACUUGGACCUAUAGGUACAGGUGCUUUUGGAAAUGAUGUCCGAAAGAUCAGAAACAUCUUUUAUCAAGUACUGUUCUCGAGAAUGAUGGGGUCAACUGGUCCGAUUCGUAAUGCGUUCAAACAUAUUUGGUUUGUUUCUACAGAUGCAUGGAAGAAUGAUCUUUUUAAAAAAAUUCUUUCCUGA